GGUCGCCAUGGCAACGAGACAUCCGGGUCUCUGGCCCAGCGAGCGAGGAUCUCUUCCGAGUCCUCUGGUCACCGUGGCAACGGGCAAGUUGUCGGGGCUGGCGGCGGCGGCGACGAGGACGAGCUGAGGAGGCGCGAUGGGGGUGAAAGACCAGCCGAUUACCUCCUUCCCAGCAGUUACAGAACCUCCAAAACCUCGCUCAAGAAAAGUGCCAGAACUGCCCCUUCUGGAGAAAAAUAACUGGCUGAUCCAUCUGCACUACAUCCACAAGGACUACGAUUCGUGUAAGACUUCUAUAAAAGAGCAGCUUCAGGAAAGCCAAGGAAUGUGUGAAUAUGCCAUCUAUGUUCAAGCUCUGAUAUUUCGCUUGGAAGGGAAGAUUCAAGAAUCACUUGAGCUUUUCCAGAGUUGUGCUAUCCUCAGUCCUCGGAGCACGGACAACCUCAAGCAGGUAGCCCGAUCACUGUUUCUUCUGGGGAAACACAAAGCAGCCAUUGAAGUGUACAAUGACGCCGCCAAACUCAACCAGAAGGACUGGGAGAUCUGCCACAACUUGGGGGUUUGCUACAUGUACCUGAAACAUUUCAACAAGGCAAAAGAUCAACUGAACACCGCCUUGCAGCUCAACCGCCAUGAUCUGACGUACAUGAUGCUGGGGAAAAUCCACCUGUUGGAGGGGGAUAUUGACAAGGCCAUUGAAGUCUACAAGAAGGCAGUGGACUUCUCCCCAGAAAACACAGAGCUCCUUACAACUCUGGGCUUACUCUACCUGCAGCUUGGGGUCUAUCAGAAGGCCUUUGAACACCUUGGGAAUGCACUCACCUAUGAUCCCAGCAACUAUAAGGCGAUUUUAGCCGCUGGCAGUAUGAUGCAGACUCAUGGCGAUUUUGAUGUAGCUCUCACCAAGUACCGGGUGGUGGCUUGCGCUGUACCCGAAAGCCCCCCUCUGUGGAACAACAUUGGAAUGUGUUUCUUUGGCAAGAAGAAGUAUGUGGCGGCCAUCAGCUGCCUCAAACGGGCAAACUACCUUGCGCCCUUUGACUGGAAGAUCCUCUACAACCUGGGACUAGUCCACCUGACAAUGCAGCAGCAUGCCUCUGCCUUCCAUUUCAUCAGUGCUGCUGUCCACCUCCAGCCAAAGUUGGGAGAACUCUAUAUGAUGUUGGCAGUUGCUUUGACAAAUCUUGAAGAUGCUGAGAAUGCCAAGCUAGCCUAUCAGAAAGCAGCAGCUCUUGACACAUGCAACCCUCUGGUGAAUCUGAACUAUGCAAUCCUGCUGUAUAAUCAAGGUGAGAAAAAGGGGGCUAUUCACCAGUACCAGGAAAUGGAAUCAAAGGUCAAUGAGUCAAAGGAGAGCAGCACCUUAGAAUUUGACCCCGAGAUGGUGGAUGUAGCCCAGAAACUGGGUGUUGCCUUACAACUGGGAGAGAACUCGAUCUGGGCUAAACCUGUUAAAGGCUCAAAAUCAAAGCACCGAGGGUCUGCGGCCAGCAAAUCACCCAACUCCCAACCUUUGGGCUCCAACCAAGCCCUUGGACAGGCCAUGUCUUCUGCAGCUGGAUAUGGGAAGAGCAUCCAGCUUCUUCCAGGUACUGGAAUUUCCACUCAGCUGACAAAGCCCCCCUCCCUGCCAUUGGAGCCUGAUCCCGACUCCGAACCUGCUCCCGAGGCAGCUACAUCUUCCACAGAGAUGCAGCACAGCAGUCAGCCAACAACAGGCCAAGAUAAGGAGUCUUGAAGCAUUGUAGCACUGCAGAACCCUCACCCUGCUGGGAGCAUAGGCAGAUGGGCAAUUAGGGCCCCCUCAACUCAGAAAGGGUAUGUAGUUCCACUGCUUGGAACCAGUGGCUGAAGACUAUCUGCAACAGCACAUUAAAGAUUUGCCUUGUCAGUCAAGGCAAGAGGACGUCUUCUCUUAGAACCAAUCUUCUGUAGAAGCAACCAGCUCUUUACAGCAAUCCUCAAAGCCCCUCGGGGAGAAAGCCACCAUCCCACUGUGACCUCCCGACAAACCUAGUUUCCUAUCCCUGUGAAUUGCUGGUGGCUUUCCUUAAGGUAGCUGUUCAGUGCUGCUGUUCACUCUUCUCAAGCCAGCCAUUGGUUGUCAGCCUCGGGCUGGAUCCAGCUGCUUUGCUGCAGUCAGUCCCAGGCUCUGUAAUGGGCUCUUAGAAGGAUCAGCCUAGGUGACUAACCAGCAGGUAUCCUCCUGGGAGGAAUUUACUACUACAUAGAAGUAAGCUAUUUUGCAUAUAGGGAUUUCCCCCCCUAAAGAUAUAUUUUACCAAUAAGGUAAUAAAAUGGAUUGAAACACCUA